GGACCUCGGUAUCCUGUAGUUCAAUGUGUCGUAGUCAAGGACUGGUCGUAGAAGUGACAAGCUAACCAUAUGAUGCUAGGCUAGUUAGCCUUGCGGUUUGCUAUUGGUGAGAGGCUGUAGUCCGUGUGUGUAGCUGAAGCCAGCUAGCCAAAAGACAUACAAGGAACAACGCUAGCAAGUCUGAUCAUUGCAUUUAUUUAUUUUCUUUGCAUAAGGACACAACCAAUGUUAUCUAGGUCGCUGUCUUGCUAACGUAAACACACUCGGGGUAGUCAACAAGCAAGUAAAAAACAAAACAAACAAAACGAUUGCGGUAGCUAGUCACCUAGGUGAACAGACCACACACGGCAUUGAAGAUGAAUGGCUUAAUGAAGAACGAGGGAAUAGCGGGGACGGAGAGGUUCGCUAGCCCGGGGAAGGGCAGGGGACUACGGGCUGUGAAGCACUUUGCUGUCGGAGACCUCGUGUUUGCCUGUCCUGCCUAUUCCUACGUCCUGACGGUGAAUGAGAGAGGAGCGCACUGUGAAUAUUGCUUCACCAGGAAGGAAGGCCUCUCCAAAUGUGGAAAGUGUAAACAAGCUUACUACUGUGAGAUCGACUGCCAGAAGGGAGACUGGCCGAUGCACAAGUUGGAGUGUACAGCCAUGUGUUCCUAUGGGGAGAACUGGUGUCCAGAGACCGUCAGAUUGGUGGCCAGGAUCAUCAUGAAACAGAAAGUCACAACGGAACGGACACAGUCAGAGAGGCUGUUACUCCUCAGCGAGUUUGAAGCCCACCUGGAUAAGUUGGACAGUGAGAAGAAUGAGAUGAACCAGACGGAUAUAGCUGCACUGCAUCAUUUCUACUCUCGACACAUAGACUUCCCUGAUGACCAAACCCUCACUGUGCUCUUUGGACAGGUAAACUGUAAUGGUUUCACCAUAGAGGAUGAGGAGCUGUCUCACCUGGGCUCUGCUGUGUUCCCUGAUGUAGCGUUGAUGAACCAUAGUUGUAGUCCUAACGUCAUCGUCACCUAUAAGGGGACAGUAGCUGAGGUACGAGCCGUGCAGGACAUCCAGCCUGGAGACGAGGUCUUCAACAGUUACAUUGACCUGCUCUACCCGACGGACGACAGGAACGAGAGACUGAGAGAUUCCUACUUCUUUACCUGCGUGUGUAAUGAGUGUGCCACACGGUCUAAGGAUGGAGGUAAGAUGGCGCUUCAAAAGUUGAGCUCUCCCCCACAGCCAGAGGAGGUCAGAAAGAUGGUUCACUAUGCCAGGAAUGUUAUUGAAGAGUUCCGUAGAGCAAAGCACUACAAGACCCCUAGUGACCUGCUGGAGAUCUGUGAGUUGAGCCAGGAGAAGAUGAGCUCUAUAUUUGCAGACACUAACGUGUACGUGCUUCACAUGAUGUACCAGGCCAUGGGAGUCUGUCUGUACAUGCAGGACUGGGACGGAGCCAUGAGCUACGGAGAGAAGAUCAUUCAUCCAUACAGUGUCCACUACCCAGCCUAUUCUCUGAACGUGGCCUCCAUGUACCUGAAACUGGGCCGUCUCUACCUGGGACUUGAGAGGAAGACCCAGGGAGUCAAGGCAUUAAGGAAGGCGAUCGCCAUCAUGGAAGUGGCUCAUGGGAAGGAUCACCACUACGUAGCAGAGGUCAAACAAGAGGUGGAGGAGCUGAAAUAAGGAGGAGGUGAAGAAGAGGAAGGAGU